AUGUCUGAAACACAUACUAUUAGUAUAUCUGCUAAGAAUGGACCAUUGGCUCAAAUAUGGUUAGCUGCUAAUAUGUCAAAUUUGGGUAGAGGCCAAGUGCUUCAGACUAGUAUUAGUGAAUCUGCAAAUGAGAUUGCAAAGGCGUCAGGAUGUGAUGAGAAUGUGACUAAUAUCGAACAUAUAACGCUUCGUACUUCAGGUGAACUUUUACAAGGUAUUGUCAGAGUCUAUUCCAAACAAGCAGCUUUUUUACUAUCUGACAUUAAGGAUACUUUGACCAAGAUUAGCACACUUUUCAAAUCGAACCAAAGGAUAAAUAUUACCGUCAACAGGGCUAAUACUAUUGCCGCGGUGGACCAAUUGAUUUUAGAGGAUGCAGUUACUGAAAAAGAAGUUUUAGCAGCACCAAGUUUGGAUUUUCUCGACGAUAACCAAAUUCCUGAAGGUCUCAUGGGUCAAGAAACUGAAGAAAGUCAUCAAAGGAGAGUACAAGGUGCAGCACCAUGGGAUACUUCACUGGAAUUUGGUAGAAGAUUCGAUCCAGAUGAAGACUUAGAAUAUAAUCAAUCGUCAGGAUUAGAUUUAGAUUUUGAUAUUGAUGAUGGUCAAUUGUCAAAGACUGCUGAAGAAGGUACUCGUCAAUCGCACGAUGUUGUAAGUCAAUCGCAGGAACCAGAGCAUUUAUUGAUGGGUGAAGAUGAUUUUCCAUUAGAAGAUCCUAACAAUGUAGAUUGGGAUUUAGGUAUAUCUGAGGAAAAGGAUCAAGAAAGAGCCACUUCAGAGGCUGGUUCACACGAUUCUGUGGAAUUAGGUCGAAGAGCUGAAGAAAGAUCGAUGACUGGGGAACCCAUCGAUUUUGGAUUUAACCUUGAUAUUGAAAAAGAUGCCGGAGAUGAGGAAGAUCAGGAGGAACCAGAAAGUGAUGAACAGCAACAAAAACUACAGGAAGAGGAAAGAGAAAGAGAAAGAAAGGAGGAAGCCAAAAGAGAGAGAAAAGCUAGAAAAGAUCCAGCUCUACGUAAUUGUAAAAGAAUUCAGCAAGAUGUGGAAACAGAGCUUGAUGAUCAUUCGUUGAAAACUGCUUCAGAGGAAAUAUUGAAUGGACGGCCUGAAACUGAGGUACAAGACCUGCCCAAGUUGAACCAAAAGAGAUUAUGGGGAGAAAUGAUACAGAGCUUGUCUUAUUUACCUCAGGAAACCAUUGAAAGGUUGACAUCAUUACAGACCUCUAAAAAACCAAAGACACAGGUGGAAUCAGAAAAUGAAGAAAGUUUCGAAGAACCUCAGAUGGAUAUAUCGUUAGGUCUAAAUGAUGACCUCCUACCAGAAUCAAGUAUAAGUAGUAGUCGUCCACCAUCUGAACUUGGUGAAGGUGACCAUGAAUCGCCUAUGGCUGCAGAUAUCGGUGAACAUCCCUUAGAUCAAGGUCAAGAGGAACAUGGAGAACCCAAUAUCGAACAAUCGACACAACAAGAUUCAGAUGAAAGAGAGCCGUCAUCCUCACAGUCUGAACUCGAUGAUUCUGAAAAGGUGAAAUUGACCACCGGUGAAUUUGCUUCAAGGGAAGCGGUAGAUUUUGCUGAAUUGAUGAGGGUUGAAUUCAUUGAUAAUGAUUCUUUAGAAUUUGAGAAUCUUCUUACAACUAAGAAAAGGGCUCAGGGAGUUGAAGAAGAUACACGUCUGACAAGACAAGAAGCAACGAAAGGAUUCUUCGAUAUGCUUUCUCUAGCGACAGCUGACUGCAUCGAUUUAAAUCAGCAGGAAACUUUUGGGGAGAUUAACAUCUCUGCUAGACCAGCACUUUAUGAAAGAUUCAUCACAGCAUAG